AUGAGGUUUGGUACGGUGGAGGAUAGCUUGGAGGAGAUCUUGAAGAGGUUAGAUAAGCGUCCGGUGGAGGAGUAUGAUGGCGAUCUUCGUUCGCGAGCUCCAGAGUCUUCGAGUCCGACGUUUCAGGUACCGAUUCGUAACUCGGAGAUGAAUCGGAACAAUACCUCACCUGGUUUUCGUUCUGGAGAUUUGAAUCUGAUGACUCGUGAUAGUAUGCUUAAGAAGAUUGAGAUGCCGAGUUGUGAUGGAUCGAAGAUAUCUGAUUGGUUAGUGGAUAUUGAACACUUCUUUGUUGUUGGUCGCUUUCAUGAUCAUGAACGACUAGAUCUGAUUCCGCUAUGCAUUAAAGGACGAGUGAAGAAGUGGUUUGCUUGGGCGUUGCGCCGUGGUGGAUUCCGCAAUUGGUUGGAGUUCAAACAACAAUUGGUUUUGCGUUUUACAAAAUCCAUUGAUGAGGAACCAAGCACAAGAUUUUUUUCCAUCAAACAGACGGGAUCAGUAGCUGAUUAUGUGAGCGAGUUUGAGGAGUUAUCAACUCAGGUACCAGGCAUUGAAGAUAGACAUUUGGGGAGGAUAUUUUAUAAUGGCUUGAGUACUGAGAUGAAGGAAGUGAUUAAGAUGAAGGAUCCACAAGGCCUAGCAAACUUCAUUGCAGCCAUCCUCAGAAUGGAGAAGAGUGCUUUCUACAAGGUGGUGAGCAAGGUUGGUCCUAAUGAAGUUGUGGGUGCUACUCGAGCCACUAAUACGCAUCGUGGUGCUUGUCAUAACAAUGGAGGUAAAGUCUGGGAUAAGCAGAGAGGUGAUUCAAGUGGGGGUUAUCGAGGUGAUCAACAGUUUGUUCAAAGGCCAAGGUUGAAAUACACUGAUGCUGAGAUUAGGGCGAUGAUUGUGGUGCAUGUGAUUGAGAUGGAAGUUACGGAGGAAGAAGAUGUUGUUUUACAAGAAGUGGAUCAUAAUAUGUGCUGUGAAGUGAGAACCUUGUCUAUGGAUUCAUUCUUGGGGAUUGACUCUCCGAAGACUAUGAAGUUACGAGGACGGAUUGGUCAGAGGGAGUUGUGUGAGGUUGAUUGGAGGCUGCAAGAGUUUUCUUUCUUCUAUGAGGGUGUGCGGGUGACUUUAUAUGGUGAUCCAACACUUCAUUGCAAGAAACUUUCGUUGAAGUCCCUACCACCAGUUUACUAUGACCCGUUUGGUGGCCCUGAUAUGUUGUUGAUGUCUGUUGUGGUUCCACUUGUUACCACUAGUUUGGAACCUUGUAUGGCGGCGUUGUUGAGUUCAUUUGAAGACGUUUUCGUUGUACCUACUGCUUUACCUCCUCUACGAGGGCAGGAGCAUGCUAUCAACUUGACAUCCGGAGUAUCUGCAAUUUUGGUUCAUCCUUAUAGAUACCCGCACGGGAGGAAAGUAGUUAUGGAGAAGAAGGUUCAGGAAAUGUUAGAGGCAGGUAUCAUCAGACCAAGUGUGAGCCCCUUUUCCUAUCCUGUUCUACUGGUGAAGAAGAAAGAUGGUGGUUUUCGGUUUUGUGUUGAUUAUAGAGCUCUGAACAAGUCUACUAUACCAGACAAGUAUCUGAUUCCCAUUAUUAAUCAGCUAGUUGAUGAGUUGUAUGGUGCAGUAGUCUUCUCGAAGCUUGAUCUCAGUAGUUCUUUGGAGGCUCAUGAAGAGCAUUUGAGGAAGGUGUUACAAGUACUUUGGGAACAAUCACUCUUUGCCAAUCAGAAGAAAUGUUCUUUUGGGGUUACUCAAGUUGAAUACCUCGGUCAUAUCAUUUCCAAAGAAGAGGUGGCUGCGGAUGCUGCGAAGACUGAAGCUAUGGUUAAGUGGCCUACACCUAAAACUGUGAAGCAAUUGCGAGGGUUUCUCGGUUUGACAGGGUAUUACAGGAGGUUUGUCAAAACUUAUGGGUUAAUGGCUAAGCCUCUCACAUCAUUGAUGAAGACAAAUCGGUUUGCUUGGAGUUCGGAGGCUCAGAAUUCAUUUGAGAAAUUGAAGUCUGCUAUGGUUAACGUUCCAGUCUUAACUUUACCAGAUUUUUAG